AUCAUGUGAUGAUUCUAGUGAGCCGCAGCAAAUACCAGAGAUUGCUAUGUAUAAACGUUCGGAUUUGCCACCCCCUGAUGGAAUAACUCAAGAACAAUAUCAUGAACUUUUGAACAAUCGUGGUUGUCAAUUUUGUAAUAAGUCACGGAUCAGAAAGAUAUACUGGGUAUUUCGGGUUCGUUGUUGUGGCCCUUGUUUUAAAUCAAAGACAACGAGAGGCGAUUCCAUUGCUUCUAAUAUUCCUUCUGAUUUGAUUUGCGCAUUACCAUUUCAUCAAGAAAAAGGUGUUAAAUUUUAUUGGUCGUCUAUGGUGGAUGCAUAUGUCAAAGAAUAUGAGUCAAUUCCUGUUGAAAGUCGAUUUGAUUGGUUAAAACAAAAAUGUGAAUUGGUCCGUUUGAUUAUGGAUGAUGUUGAAAUUCGUACGCAAGCUGAUUCUGAAGAACGUAAGGCAAUGGUACGAAUGGCAAUGCCGAAAGUUCACCAGAGCCAUGAAAGAAGGUUCUUUAUUGUGACGAUUCUUAUUUCAGUGGCAGUCCCUCGAUCAAA